AUGGUCGGGCCCAGCUUCAAUAGGGAGCGACAUGUCAAAUAUUACCUCCGAUGCCUCAAGACCUUCCUCCCAUCGGCCUAUAUCUCCAAUGAUUCCAAUCGCAUGCUCCUCGCCUACCUCACACUCUCUGGUUUGGACGUGCUCGGAGUACUACAUAGCAAAACAACUCCGGAGGAGCGACAGGGGUACAUCGACUGGCUCUACCACUGCCAAGUGCAAACGGGCGGAUUCCGCGGAUUUUCAGGGACGGAUUUCGGCGCGGAGAAGCGGACGAAAGAUAAUGAAGUCUGGGAUCCAGCGAAUGUACCGGCGACAUUCUUUGCACUGGUGAACUUGCUCAUUCUAGGCGACGACCUGUCCCGGGUCAAGCGAAGGGAAUGUCUCCAAUGGCUACCCAAGUUGCAGCGCGACGAUGGGAGCUUUGGAGAGAUUCUCGGCCCUAAUGGGAAGGUCGAGGGAAACCGUGAUCUGAGAUAUUGUUGUUGCGCCGCUGGCACACGAUACAUUCUACGAGGUAAAGAUGCCAAAGGCGCAGAGGAUGUGCGGGACAUCGACGUGCCCGGGUUAAUAUCGUUUAUCGAGAAGUGUCAGACAUACGACGGGGGGAUGGCUGAGUCUCCUUUCCGCGAGUCGCAUAGUGGUCAUACAUAUUGCGCAGUCGGAUCUCUAGAAUUUCUGCGUCGGGGAACAAGUGACAAACUGCAGGCGGAUCUGCUGUCGCCGAGGUCGGCGAAGUUCGAGGGUCUGGUGAACUGGUUGGCAUCGCGACAGACGGACAACCUUGGUGGAGAGGACGAAGACGAGGACGAGGACGAGGAGGACAAGGACGAGGACGAGACCAAGACCAGUGAUGAACAAGAGGCAGAUACAGAGACCGGCUCAGUCGAGGAACGAGUGCUUGCACUGCCCGGUCUAACGGAGAUCGCGGGCGACACAAUCGCCUGCGCUGGAUUCAAUGGCCGGUGCAACAAGGUGGCAGACACCUGUUACUCGUUUUGGAACGGGGCAACACUACUGAUGCUAGAUCGAUAUUCGGUGAUUGACGAGGAGCGAAACCGCCGAUAUCUGUUGGAGAAGACGCAACACCUCAUCGGUGGCUUUGGCAAGGCAGUCGGGGAUCCCCCCGAUCUCCUCCACUCAUAUUUCGGAAUGCUUGCCAAUUCCUACAAUGAAUUACUCGAGGAAUUUUCGUCGAAGGAUCUUCGGAGCGUCGGAAAUUACUCUCUAGGGAGGUUGAUUGGGAAGGGCUCGUUUGGCAAGGUCUACCUCGCGUCGCACAAGCUGACCAAUGGUUCCAAGGUGGUGCUCAAGUCCUCUAGCAAGGAUGACACAAACCUCGCGCGCGAGAUCCACCACCACCGCCAAUUCCUACAUCCCCAUAUUGCGCGACUGUACGAGGUUAUCGUGACGGAGAGCUUGGUUUGGCUGGCCCUGGAAUUCUGUCCUGGUGACGAAUUAUAUAACUACCUCCUUCGCCACGGUCCGCUACCGGUCGAGAAAGUGAAACGGAUAUUCACUCAACUGGUAGGAGCUGUGGCCUACGUUCAUAGCAAGUCAUGUGUACAUCGGGAUCUGAAAUUGGAGAACAUACUGCUGGACAAACACGAGAACGUGAAGCUCUGCGAUUUCGGAUUCACGCGCGAGUAUGAAGGAAAGGCAAGCUAUCUGCAGACUUUCUGCGGGACGAUUUGCUACAGUGCCCCCGAAAUGCUCAAGGGAGAGAAAUAUGCCGGUGAGAAAGUGGAUGUCUGGAGUUUGGGAAUCAUUCUGUAUGCGCUUCUAGCAGGCGAGCUACCCUACGACGACGAUGACGACCAAGUCACCAAGAACCGGAUUCUCUUGGAGGAACCGAUCUACAACGACAAGUUCACAGAUGAGGCCAAGGCAUUGAUCAACCUUCUUCUGUCCAAGCGGCCCUUGAUUCGACCGAGCCUGGAAGAGAUCCUCGCGCAUCCGUUCCUUGCGGAGCAUGCUCCUGAGCAGCUUGCUAUUCUCAAAAUUCCUCGACCAUCUCCUUUCACCACGCCUUUGGAGAAGACCACAUUACAACGAAUGAAAAGCGCAGGGGUCAAUAUCGACGAAGUCAUUGAGAAUGUUCUGGCUCAGCGAUGCGAUCCAUUGGCCGGGUGGUGGGCACUUUUGAUUGAGAAAGAGCAACGAAAGGAACAGAAGCGAGAGCGCAAGCGUCGAGAGCGAGAGGUUGAGGCAAAGAACAUCCGUCGUCUAAGUGCUGCUAGCAGCCGACUCGAGAAAUUGUCUUCCGCCUUGCUGGAGGUCGAUGAAGAAGGCCAGGUACAUCCAGCUUCUCAGCUGUCAGAUCGCGGGCGUCGCGACAGGCGAAGCCUGCCCUCCCAGCUGGCUGUUCCAGAACUUCCUGCACUUCCUGAACCUCUACCUGUACACACGCCCGAUUUGACCACAAAUCUUCCACCCUUUGACAAGGAGUCCAUUCGCUCGAAUACAUCGGCUUCCGUCCGACGACGUCCCAUUCCUCCGCCAAAAGACAAGCGACGAUCACGGCCCAGUAUGUUGCAUGUGAGUGCGUCACAGCCUGAGUUGGCGCAGCAUCGUGGCAUCUUCCAUCGUCGCACUAGCCGGCGACAUAAUCCUAUCAUCAGCCAGCUAGCGUCCUUGAAGCAUUGGUUUGUUGAGUCAGCCAAACGAGCCCGAUCUCCGAACGCCAAGUCAACUAGUUCACGGAAAUUCCUUUCGGAGAAAUUCAGUCCUGCCAAGAGCCAGGAUAGUGGGAAAAAGCCCCCUUCGUCAUCUCCUGCAGGCGAUCUAUCAGAGGAGGUGGUCACACCUACUCAGUCCAAGCGUAUUUCUGCCACCAGCAGCUUAGCGCCCAGCAGUGCCUCCUACCGUCAAAAUCGGCACUCCUAUCCUCGUCAGCCUCGAACCUUAAACACCAGCCACGCUGGCAAUCGGAACUCGCUAUCACCUUCGCCUAUUACUCCCCGUGGAUCGUACAGACGCUCCUCUGCUGGUUUGCGUGGCCGCAAGUCAACAUCCUCUUCUGUCUCGUCCAUACGCAGCAUUCACCACACACGUGCUCACUCCAAGGCAUCAUCCAUUUCAUCCAAUAGUGUCGACACUGUUGCGACUCCAACAGCGAGGAUCUCCAAAUCCCCCCACUCAUCGAUCAAGGUCUUGCCUACCACCCCAGGCGCCUCGGCUCAUUUUCCAAGCAACAUUCGACUGGUACGUGGUCCCAGUGGAGGACACAGGGGUAUUAACGAGAUUGCCGGACCGUCAGGUUUCAAUGAGGCGUCGCCUGGGCCAAUCCUGUACUCUCCUUCGUCGAGCUUGGUGUUUGCACGACGAAAGCGAUCCGCGUUCAAAGGCCCCAUGAUCCACACCUCGAACUUGAUGACACCCCAGGGAACCUUACACUCUCCUCUUCCCGGUCAACCUGAUGGUGAACCCAGUGUUUCUAUGGGCCGUCCUGUGGCGCGGAAGAGUCAGAUCAUUGAGGAAGAGGAAGAUGAUGAGGAAAUUGAAGAGGUCGACGACUUUGAUGGUCCCGAGGACGCUGGCCCUGACGUUCCUAAGAAAGACACCGCGGGCUCUGUGCUCGAACCUGCUCUAGAACUGGAGACAAGCUCAAGGCUUCCCCCUCGUUCGUCCUCGCUGCGCUCCCCUUCCUCAAAGGCAGAUGUGACAAUUUCUGCAGUGACUGAAUCCACUGGGCCCAAUCCACAGGUUGCCGCUGCGAUCGAACAUACUGACGAUGCCGCCGAGCCAGCCACUACAAAAUAA